GCGACAUGAUUACAGCGCGGCCGCGAGGGAGCGCGCGCGGAGUGCGAAGGCACUGAGUGGCUGCGGACCGGCCAGACUACCAGUAUCGCAAAGGUCGUAGCGCGGACUGCCUCUCGCACUAUCGGUCACGGAUUUCAUUCGAAGAAAUAUAUUAAAUUCCCGCGCAAAUCUUCACGAUGGCGGCUACAGAUGAACUUAGCGGUAUCCUAUCAAGGAGGCAAGAAAUCAAUGAGAAACUCGAAGAAGGGCUGGAGAUUAAACCGCAAUAUAAAUUCGUUAAUGUCUACACAGAGUUUCAUGAGUUCUCCAGAAAGGAAAUAAAACAAUACGAGGUGACCUUUAACAAAUUCGACGAGGGCCGUGAUGGUUUCUUGGACUUGACAGAAGUAAAACGCAUGAUGGAACGACUUGGUGCACCGCAGACGCAUCUUGGGCUCAAAGCUAUGAUUGCAGAAGUAGACGAAGAUAGAGAUAACAAAAUCAGUUUUAGAGAAUUUUUACUUAUAUACAGGAAAGCACGAGCUGGUGAACUUGAGACACAUUCAGGUCUUGAGGCACUUGCGCGACUAACAGAGAUAAACGUGGACGAAGUGGGCGUAAAUGGAGCGAAAAAUUUCUUCGAAGCAAAAAUUGAAGAACUCUCCAAAGCAAAUAAGUUCCACGACGAAAUCAUCCAAGAACAAGAAGAGAAGCGAAGGGAAGCCGAGGAGAAGGCAAUGCGGAGGCAAAUGUUCAAAGAAAAAGCUGCACUAUUUCAAUAAAUUUUAGUGCGUAUUAUUGUAUAUUGAACAUAGUAUUCUAGUCUGUAAGCUGUUACCAUGGCUUAAAAGAGAGAAGAGCCAAUUUCGU